AUGAAUACAUCUUAUCACUAUGAAAUUAAAUAUUGUCCUGCAUAUAAUAUUCAAGAUCCAGAAGAAACAGGAAUUAUUAAUUUCACAACAGCAUCAAAUACAUCAUCUACAGAAGAUGGUGGAAUAUGCAAUUUUGGUAAUUUUAAUUUUACAAAAUGUAAUUAUUUAAACAAUGAAUAUACAGGAAGUGAUAAUGCAAUGAUUCUUUGUUAUUCUUUUUGUACAUAUUCAAAUUGUUCAUUCAUAGGUAAUAAAGUAAACCAUUUAUUUUAUGAAAAACCAAAAGCUAUUGAUAAUUGUUACUUUAAGAAUAAUAAUGUCACUGUUCGAACUGUACAUCAUGGUUAUUCAGGAAUAUUUGAAUCAGGUGAUUCAUUAGAUUCAUUUAUAUCUCAUUAUACAACAGAUAAAUGCUCUGCUACAUAUUUUUAUAAAAAGAAAGUAUCAGAAAAAAAAUUAAAAAUGAAAGACGUCAAAAAUAUUGUUCACAAUGUUUUUAAAACAUCAUUUGUUGUAUCAGUAAACAUAUCUUCUUCUAAAUAA